GGCCAGCCCUUCUUCCUUAGAAGCGCCGAAGACUAUCGAGAAGGUUUGCAGAGUGUCCCCAGAGCGGAAUUUGGAUUGAGUUGAGAAGGACAUUCGUGGGCCGCCCAGACUGUAGACCACCAAACAGAUCGACACCUAGAAUGGCCACUGCAAGCACCUCUGGACAAAGCCCAUUCGGGCUGGGCAGGAAGAAGAAGGCCCCUGGUCUCCUGGAUCAGAUUGGCAGGUUCUUUGGUGGAGACAAAAAGAAAAAGGGAAAAGGCUCAUUUCGUGGUCAUCUAUCCUCCUCUCCACAGAGACCCCACCACUCUUCCACCCGUCGUCGUGGAGAUGUCAACCCUGUGGUGCAUUUCUUCAGGAGCUUUGUGUCCUCUCCUCGUCCCAAGUCAAGGUGGAGAGAACUAUUGGGCCUGGCUUCCCCGUCAGCGCAUGGCUCGGAGAGCAUUAGAUCGCCUCAGAGACGCAGAAGAGAACAGAAAACACUCUCCAGAAUCUUCAACCUGGGAGAAAGCCGAUCUCGCUCUCCACCCAAACGCUGGAGCACCAUCUUCUGAGCCCUUCGCCGACCAGAAAAACACUAAGAUGGAAGAGAGUGAAAUGGACGAAAAGCGAAAACCUGAGCGGGAGGAUCUCUGCCCUAUAAAUUCACAAGUCGCAGCGAGUUUAACAGACUAACAUUGGCCAUCUUCGCUUCCUAGAUAGAGAUACAAUCCAAGUAUCUGUUUUUACAUUCCUGCAGGGUUUCAUAAGCAUGUGUUGACUGUAUGUGUGCAAAACUGCUGCAAUAACCGGCAAUGGUCUGGUGAUGUGAUACGUCUAGUUGCUAUACUGAAAGUCUCCCUCCAAAAUUUAGUUGAAGUGACCAAUUUGAAAAUGUUCCAACAUGGAGAUUAACCAAAAGGUUUGAUAUUAGCCUUAAUUGACAGAACUAGAUAGAAUAUGUCUCUGUUUGAGCCUUUAAAAGUAGGAAAGUAAUGCCCAUCAUUCAAAACCCAUGAUCUUAUAAUUCUGAAUUCGUCUCAGAUGUAUCUCACACAAUGGGUUGUUUGUGUGCUAUCCAGCAUUUGAUGCAUGACAUUAGUCUUUGUGCUACAGUGAAAAGGCCUAUCCAUGGUUUUGUUGAGAUCAAUGUUCAACCUCAGUGAUGUGCUGUGUAUUUGUGGAUGUUGUAUUGUGGUCCUUGUGUUGCAUUAAAUAUUGGUUAUUUACUUUGUACCAGGAAUUUGUAUAUACGAUUCCUUAUUGUGUUAUGCGAAUUUUAAUAAAUGUUAUUUAAUUUUAAUACAUGAACAUUUACCUAAUAUUAAAUUAGAUUUAUUUCAGAAGUUAUUUAGCUCUUAAUUAGGAACACGCAUUAAAAUAAGACUAAAAACUCAAUUUUGUGGACUUUAGGGAAUAGAUUCGAAGCAUGAAGCUUGGAUUGUAUGCCCUCAGAUGUUGCACUGCAGUAUAUGUGUUAAAACAGCCUGUAAAAGUUGUCUGCGUCAUUAUGUGUGCAAUUUUGAUGUUAUUUUAGAAAGGUCUCAUGUAAUUACCAAAGGUAGGAUUAAUAUUUAAAUAACAGACAAGCAGAAAUCUAGGACAAACAGUCACUGGGAGCAAAAAGGGUGUGAAACUGGUGGGGAAAAGGAAGGAAAAUGAAAGUGUAAGAGAGGAAAAUGUGGAAAAUGAUAAACCAGGAAUUCUGAGAGAGUGAAAUGGAGUUUAUUCAGCUGAUUUUUAUUUAUGUGAUGUUUCUCAUGAGUCUUAAUAAUGUUCAUUGUUUCGUGUCUCAUAGACUCUUCCUGUAUGUACUGUUUCUGAAAUAGUGCUGAAUAAACAUUCGGUCAAAUAUUCUCCCUGUCAGCGCUGGAUUUGUCUUCAAAAUGGUGCUACACUUUUCAUAAUGCACAGGAUAUUCUGAAGUGGCCAGGUGUAUUGAUGUUAUAUCUUUAACCCUCCUUUAUUUAUAAAGUAACGUUAAAUAAAGAAUCAGAAAUAUA